CCGUCGUGCAUCUGGGUUGGACCGGAAGUGCUUUCUCGUGCCCUUGGAGUGUCAGGUUGAGAGCAGUAGACGAGGCAGCAUGGCAGGGAAAGAGCCUGGAGGUUUUCUGCAGCAGCUGAGGCAGAUUGCAGGCCGGAUGUCCGCCGGCAGUCCGAGAGGCGCCGGCCUCGGCAUCAAACUGCUCAUCGGUGCUGGAGCUCUGGCUUACGGUGUUAAAGAAGCUACAUACACAGUGGAAGGUGGACAGAGGGCCAUCAUCUUCAACAGAAUUGGAGGCAUGCAGAUGGACACAGUGCUGGCAGAGGGGCUGCAUUUCAGAAUACCGUGGUUCCAGUAUCCAAUCAUUUAUGACAUCCGAGCCAGACCUCGCAAGAUUUCAUCCCUCACAGGAAGCAAAGAUCUUCAGAUGGUGAACAUCGCUCUGCGUGUGCUGUCUCGUCCUGUGGCCUCCAACUUGCCCUUCCUUUACCAGCACCUGGGCCAGGACUACGACGAGCGGGUGCUGCCCUCCAUCGUCAACGAGGUCCUGAAGAGCGUCGUAGCCAAGUUUAAUGCCUCACAGCUCAUCACACAGAGAGCUCAGGUGUCUCUGCUGAUCAGGAGGGAGCUGAUAGAGAGAGCUAAAGACUUUAACAUCAUUCUGGAUGAUGUGGCCAUUACAGAACUCAGCUUCAGCAAGGAGUAUACAGCUGCUGUAGAAGCCAAGCAAGUCGCCCAGCAGGAGGCCCAGAGAGCUCAGUUCUACGUGGAGAAGGCCAAGCAGGACCAGAAGCAGAAGAUCAUCCAGGCUGAGGGAGAGGCUCAGGCUGCUAAAAUGCUGGGUGAAGCCGUAACGAAGAAUCCCGGCUACCUUAAACUGAGACGCAUCCGAGCCGCCCAGAACAUCGCCAAGACGGUGGCGACUUCGCAGAAUAGAGUAUACCUGAAUGCAGACAGUCUAGUGCUGAAUCUGCAGGACAGCUCCUUCGACAAUUUGUCCCUGGGGAAAUGAGACGCAUCGUCCUGGGGGAGUGUGAGCAUUCCAUGUGUUGAGCAUCUGUGCUGUAUUUAACGUCUACUGCAAACUGACCUCUCUCAGCAGUGCCUGUCUCUGAGUGCAGGCCUUCCAGCAAGGGGUUGGGUGCCCUUUAAAACACACACAAAUAUAAACACACAUUUAGGGAGACUUACUACACAUGGUUUAGACACAACCCAUCUAUUAAAGAGGUCGAAGGUUACGUAAGAAUUUCGUCAUAAUUUGUAGUAUCAGUGUAACAAAUCGAAGCAUUGAGAUAAGUAGUUAUGUUAACUGCCUGUAUGUUUGAGACAUAGUAUUAUGAAUACACACCUACGUUUUCUUUAACCUGAUGAUGUUAUAAGGGCCACUCAUCUGUUAGUUAAUGUUUACACAUUUGAUUUUUCGUUUGCUUUUGUCCCUGCUGUUUUUCCCAUGCUCAGGGACCAGCGGGCUCCUCUGCAAUGUGUAAUCUGACAAAACACUCAAGCCCUCAAAGGAGGUUUCAUUAAAUCUUGAUUUUUCCAGA